GAAAGUCCUUUCGCCGGUCAUGCAUCCAUAGAGACUGAAUAGACGUGGCCUGUGGGAACGUCACGGGAGUACCCGACGGCCUUUAAAUGCGACGCUCCCUAUUGUCAUGCAUCCAUUCCGUUACAUGUCGAAGAAACGGGCAGCGCCGCCGUUAGCUCCGGCGCCCUUUCGCCGGCGCUUAUGGCUGUGUCUUGAACUCGUCGCAGCCAUCUCAGUCCUCGCUUUCCUUUUCGUCCUUCUAAGGAUUCAGUCCUACGCACCCAACCCACCGACGCCUACGCUUCUUUACCGAGACCCUAUUCCUUUUUCCGGUCAACCGAAGAUCGCUUUCCUCUUCCUCGCCCGCGCGGGCCUGCGCCUUGAUUUCGUUUGGCAUAACUUCUUCAAGAAUGCUGGAGCAGGGAAUAUCUCUAUAUAUGUUCACUCGAAGCCGGGGUUCAAGUUUGAUCAGUCGACGACGAGGUCAGCCUUCUUCUACGGCCGUCAUGUAGAGGAUAGCGUGCAGGUGAAGUGGGGGGAGGCCAGCAUGAUUGAAGCUGAGCGGUUGCUGCUUAGAGCAGCUCUACAGGAUCCUGCAAACCAACGUUUUGUUUUGCUUUCUGAUAGCUGUGUUCCACUUUACAACUUCGAUUAUGUGUAUAACUAUUUGAUGUCCUCCCGUAAAAGUUUUGUGGACAGUUUUUCAGACAAAAAGGAGCGUCGUUACAAUGAGAAAAUGGCUCCUUCCAUCCCCAAGCACAAAUGGAGGAAAGGAUCUCAGUGGAUAACAUUAAUAAGAAGGCAUGCAGAAGUCGUGGUUGACGAUGACUUUAUUUUUCCAGUUUUCAAAGCAUUUUGCAAGGUAAGUGUUCCCUCAAAGUUGACACAUCAAACCCGUCUUGGGAAUGAUGAAAUUAUUAUGGCUGUUGACCCUGAUACUAAAGAACUUCUUUAUUAUGAGGAUAAGGCGGACCUCUCACAGCAUCAUAUCACCCUUGAUAAGAUGUUGCUUUCUGAGAAUUCUGCUCUUUCCUUACACAAUGAUAAGCAGGGGAUCAACAAUGUAUAUUAUGAGACAGAUUUACGGACCGAAUGGUGCAAAUGCAACGUUACAUUUGUACCCUGCUUCCUGUUUGCAAGAAAAUUCUCCCCUGGAGCUGCCAUGCGCCUUUUGAAGGAGAGAUUGAUCGAGUACAGUUCUCAUACGCUGAAAAAAAAUGCAGUGUUUGAUGAAUACACUUUAAUUGAGAUGUGGGCUGUUUGGUUUGCUGAAAAAGCAAUUCGUCCUUUUGCUUUAUGGGAGCUUGUGAUCGAAAAACCUACAAAGUCCAAAACUGACAUCCCAUAUGAGAUUAUGAUCCAUGGGAUGUUCGUAGAGGAGAAAUGCACGAAGCAUCAUGAGGAUGCUUCUGCUCAUUUAAAUGUAAGCAAAUCUCUGAUCGCAUUGGUAGGGGAUGUUCAGCGGGCUCAGGCUGAGUCUGAUAUGCUAGGUCAACUUAAAUAUGAGAGGGAGAUUUCUUGCUUCAAAGGCUACUUCGGCUAG